AUGUGGUGUUGAAAGAGGAAGCACAGCUUGUGCUGCUUCUACUGUCUGAAGAAUGAAGACAGCCGCAACACUGAAGGUAUGAUAGGAAACUCCAGCGUUCUGGCUGCAGUCCUGACAGCUGUGUCGGUGUUGUCACUGAGUCUGAUGUCCGUCCUCUGCCUGAGAUGUAAAAAGAAAUCCAAGGUCAUACAUGAGGAGAACCAAAUAUACGACCCACAGACCUUCCAGCGUGGGGGAAGUAUGUUUGCUGUGACUCGUUCAAAAACAGUCACCAGAGCCAAUCAGAUCACCCCAACUACAGUUGAAUCUCGAGACGAACCUGACGACUUUUCAACGGCUGCAGACGAUGACUAUCAGAAUAUCUCAGAAGCUCAAACAGGAAGUCCAGAACAUACAUAUGUAGAUCCACUCCCGCUCUCAGUGUAUGAAAAUGAAAAUGCACAGACUCAAAAAGGAGUAACAGAAGCUGAUCAGAAUCCAGGUGUCUAUGCAAAUAUCAUCCAAUCAUUGCCGUUAAAAGAUGAUGACGACGACUACGAGAACUCUGCCUUCCUGGACCAAGUUGUGCAGCAGCAAGAAGACAGUGAGCCAGAUUAUGUGAAUGAAAACGAAUGACUGCACCUGAAGUUGACGCCAUGGACAGCGCCACAAAUCAUCGGCCUGCACCCUGAACUUCCUGUUAUGUUGUUGUUGUUGUUGUUGUUGUUGUUUUUAAAUUCCUGCUCUGUGUGAUGUGCUUAUGAUGCGGACGGCUGUGUGAAUAAAAGGAUCAUGGACCCUGA